AUGGUUCGAUUACUCCCAAUCAUCCUUCUCUUUCUCCCCUACGUCCUAUCCGCCGACUUCGAAAGUGUCACCAUCAGUUCAUACCUGGACAAUGUCGGCCAUGACUGCAUCAGCGAAUGCCUGUUCUACACUGUCAUCCCAGACAUGGGCAGAGGCAUGGGCUGCGACGACCCCUAUGAGAACAACUGCUACUGCGCUACCGCAGCUGCGUCGGCUUCCAAGGCUGAUAACUUCAUGUCCAAGUGUGCCACCUCCCGGUGCUCCGCGGGCGAUCGCUCUCGAGAUCUGACCUCGAUGCAAUCGUACUACGCAUCCUACUGCAUGGGCGCAGGUUUCACGCAGCCGGGUGCCACUAAGUGGUAUAAUCCAGCCGAGGCUACAGAAGAGCCCACGGCUGAGGCUAGCGAGAGUGAUGAAGGUGGCAGUGAUGCGAGACCCAGCCGAACGGCCAAUUCAGGCGGUGGCGCGACUUCGACUCACAUGACUAUCGUCACGCAAACGGCAGAGGACGGUGCUUCCAGGACGCAGGUAAUCGUUGAAGCAACCUCUACCUAUUGGGUGAACUCGGAUGGAUCCGCAGCAUCAGCCAAGGACAAAGAUGAUGGUUCCAGUGUUGUCAAGAUAGCUGUGGGUGUUACUGUACCAAUCGCGGCUCUCCUCGCUGCUGGAGUGUUUGCUUGGUGUUGCAUCAGACGUAAAAGACAAAGAAGAGCUCAACAUCUCAAUGUUACUCAUCCACUCAGCGAAGUAACCACUGGUGCAGGUUCUACUGUCGUCGCCUCCUCUGCCCCUACACCCGAGAGGAGGGAUACACUACCAAGGAAGCCUGUCGGUGCUUCAACAAUUUCUUCUGUCUCUUCUUUGUCCAGAACUAAUGAGCUAUCUGGUGCCGGAGUCCAGCCUGAACUGUCUGGUCGCGAGGUUCACCCCUUUCCCAGCAUGACGCCCAGUCCACCUAUCCAGAUGGCAGGCCAGCAUGAGAUGUCAGGUCAAGGUUGGCGGCCAAAUUUGGAGAUGGAUGGUCGUGAUGCUCGAGUGGAAAUGUCGGGUGAGGCCAGACCUCCUGAGCUUCCAGGGUAUGCAAGCCCGGCACCUGCUUAUACGUCUCCAGUUCAGAGGUGGGAGCUGCCAGAUAAUUCGCGACAGAGAUAG